ACUGCGAAGGUGGCACUUGUGCUGAAAGAUAAUUGGGAGGGUCUGGCCUGAAGCUGGCAUCUUCUUCAACCAGCUGAGCAAAUGUUUUUCUGAACCUCAUUUUAUAAUACUCAGCACUCUUAGAUUUUUUCUUUCUCGUAGGCUUUUCAUUUGAAUCUGCAAACUUUGGCACUUUUUUUGACAUAACCAGGUCUGCGUGAGGGUCUUCAUGGAAAUUGUCUUGUUCCAAAGCUUCAAUAGCCUUUCUCGCUCGGCGUUUGCGGGCAGCAUCAUCAAGCACUCUUCUUUUCUCAGCUUCUUUGACUCUGCCAGAUUCCCUGGCUGACAUUUUGUUGUUUUCUAUGUAUUACUUAAAUUGUUUACAGUCCUUUAUCAUGCACAGGGAUGCUAAGUUGGUCCAUUAAAUCAUCAACCCGUGCUUGUAGAGUUUCUACAAUAUCUGCCGAGAUGAAUAAAUGUGUUUCAUCCAGGUCUUGAAGGAUAAAUUUUCUGCCAAGCGCUAGAGUUUCAUCUAAGUGCAGAAGGAACUGCUUCAUAGCUGGGUCACUGAAAAUAGAAAAAAAUGUCUAAGAAACGCGGUCUCAGCGCUGAUGAAAAGAAGACUAGGAUGCUUGAGAUUUUUCACCAGAGCAAAGAUUUCUUCCAGUUAAAGGAAUUAGAGAAGAUUGCCCCCAAAGAGAAAGGCAUAACAAUGCAGUCUGUUAAAGAGGUUGUACAGAGCCUAGUUGAUGAUCAUCUCGUUGACUCUGAGAAGAUAGGCACUUCUAUAUACUUCUGGUCUUUUCCCAGUAAAGCAUUUCUUGCUAAGAGAAAGAAACUAAAUGACUUACAAAGUGAGGUGGAUGAAAGUACCAAAAAAUUAAAAAAGGCCGAAGAGAGCCUUAUAACAGAAUCAGUUGGCAGAGAACCAUGUGAUGAGAGAAAUGAAGCACUGUCAUCAUUAGAACAGAUACUAAAGAAAGAGCAGUUACUUAAAACUGAGUUGCAAAAGUACAGAGACUUUGAUCCUGAGUACAUAGCUCAAUUGAAGACUGAAAUAGAGGAGUUGAAAGCAGCAGUUAAUCGAUGGACAGAAAAUAUUUACAUUUUAAAGUCUUAUGUUAAAAACACAUUUCAAAUGGAAAACGAAGUCAUUGAUCAGAGUUUUGGUAUUCCACCAGACCUGGACUACAUGGAAAUUUAAACUGUUCUCUUGCAAACAGAAAGCAUAACCUAUAUCACAUUGUUUACCUCUGAGUUUGCAAGAUUCUUUAACCGGUUUUUCCUUUUUUUCUAAUUUAACUAUGUUUAGAAAAAAUUAUAAAGGUAUGUAAUUGUAUUUUUGUAUAAAUAAAGCCCAAAUGAACAAUUAAAGACAUACCAUUCUACAAGAACACCUUUCAUUACAUUCACCAUGAUUCAUUAUUAAUACGAUCCUCGAAUACGAAGAUUUUGUCAACAGAUGUUAUAAUUAAUGAAAUUAAAUACUUUGCUUUAUAAUAACUUCAGAAAUUAGCUAAUAAAAUACGGUUCGAAAAGUCGGAAAAAUAGGAAAACGAAAUGUCAAUGUUAA